ACACACACACACACACACACACACACUCUUGCUUACCUCAUCAGCACCAGAUUGGGCCGCCUAGCUGCUGCAAUUCUCUCCGUCUCUCUCUCUCCCUAUGCAUCUCUCCUUCCCUUUACCUAAACCUCCGGCUGCAUUGGGAGCCUGCAGAGCGGUGAACAGUACGGGCACUUGCAGGCAGCAUGUUUAGUGCCACAUUACAACAUCCAUAACAGCCAGAGAAAAGAGGUUGAGACCAGUACCUUCCAACAGCAACCAAUAAAGCACAAAGGGAAAAACAGCUGGAGGAGAGGACAGGAGAAAAGGAGAGAUGACAGACCAACACUAGAGAGCAUGAGAGCCCCAGCCAUGCCUGUCUGCUCUGCCUCUCUGCUCUGCCUGUUCCUCCUGCUGCUGUGUGGGCUCCUAGGAGGUUGGGUGCUGUCUAUCUGCCCCACUGUGUGCUCCUGCAGCAGGGGACAUCGUGUGGUGGACUGCUCCUCACGUGGUCUAACCAAGCUACCGCCUGGUCUGCAGCACAACAUCCACUUUCUCAACCUCUCUUUCAAUAGCUUGCAGGGUCUGGAAAGCCAGCUCACCCACUAUGCCCACCUGCGAACCCUGGACCUGUCCUACAACCGCCUGGAGACCCUGCCCCCCGCCCUGCCGCGGUCUCUGUGGGACAUCAGAGCGGCAGGCAACCAUCUACGCUUGCUGGACAAAAGCGACACAGCUUACCACUGGAACCUGAAAGUACUGGACCUGUCGGACAAUGAGCUGGAGAGAGUGGUCUUCAUCAACAACACGCUGGCAAAUCUCCAAGCUCUCAAUCUCAGUCACAACAAGUUUUGGACGGUGCCCACGAAUUUGCCGCACAACUUGGAGAGCAUUGAUUUGUCACAUAACUAUCUCAUGCAGAUCCUGCCUGGCUCUUUGGAUCGGCUGCCAAAGCUGGCUAAGUUCUUUUUGCAUGCUAAUCGCUUCUCCUUGUUGUCUAAAGGGAUAUUUGAUAAGCUGGUGGGGCUGGAGGUGCUGACUCUUGGGGAUAACCCCUGGGCUUGUGAAGAAGAAGAAAACAUAACAAAGCUCUUGACAUGGGCUGAGCAGACCCGGGCCACCAUCUUAGGUUGCCCCUGUUAUACAAGACCUAUUUGUGGGCAAACCCAUCAGGCAACGCCAGGGAGGGAGUGGCACUCUGCGCUGUUCACAGAGAUACCACUUUGGGUUAACAGCAGAGUUGAAGGGCAUGACGGUCAAUCACCUGCAAGGAUUGCAGAGGUCACAUCUAGUUACCAGGCAAAAUCGGCUCUUUUUGAGACAGGAAUAUAUCAGGACAAAAGAGGAGUGAAUGAGUCUGGGGACCACAGGCUGUUUGUCUGGACAUCUCCCACAAACUUUGACAGUUUUUCCACACACACACAAACAACAGCAAGCCCACUGUCUUCAACACAGAAGCCCAAAGCUGCUAACUCAAGGAAUAAAUGUCACAGACUCCUAAUCGACAUUCAACAAACUAUCACCCUGACUAUUUUAGCUAUGAUGACCGCAUUUAACACUUUCUGAACCACCUUGAGUAGAUAAAGAAUACACUACAGUACUUAAUGGAGUAUUUCGGACAAUGAAUGUAUAACUAUUAAGUCUCCUUCAUUUCUCUUGCAAAAAACUGUUUUGACUGUUGCUUACUUUUGUCACUAUCAAGUGUGUCAUGUUUUCAACUAACACCAUGACAAUGUAUUUCAAAGUCCUACACAAACAGAUGAACUGUAUACCCCUACAUGACAAAACUAAUCAAAAUAUCUGAAUACAUGGUUCAACUGGAGUGCUACUAUUAAUGCUCCUAUCUCAGUAAUGCUUGCACACUGAUGGACUGCUCUACUCUAUGCUUUUUUCUUAACAGUGAUGCCUAUGCUACAUUUGGUCCUGCUGAUUAGUGAGUAGUCAGUCUAAGAAAAUCUACACAAACAAACAAUAGGAAUUCAUGGACUGAUUAUAGGUGUUCCUGUCUGUAGUUGAAACUUGACAAAAAAUAGCAAAUUAAAGCUGCAGGGAUGAAUGGCCUGCGCCACUUGCGGCACGUCGGGGGUGCUAGCGGGACACCAGUUGAUGCAGUUGUAGAUUUCCUUACCAUCUGACACUGCACGCAAACGUUAGACAUUAUUUGCUGGGUGGAGUUUGUGGCACUGGAAUGAUUAAACAUGUUGUAACACUUCCUCAGCCCACUAUAUGGCACUAGAGAACACACACUAAUUAUAUGUCAUGUUGCUGUAUACCAUGUGUAGCCCACAAUGUAAAUUUCAUGUAAAUCGGAUUAUCUUCAUGACAUAAGGCUGACUUCCAGUUGUCAGUUGGCUAUGACUGGGACUCAAUAUGUAUGCAUGUAGAUGUCUUCAGGCCUGGACUCUUAUCUAGCAUGUG